UCGAAUUAAAUCGCAUAGAAUCUGGCCGGUUAAAACAAUUCUGCAAUAAGCGAAUUCACUAUGGUUGUCGCAGCCGAUUACAAGUCCACUUCUCGAAUAGAAUUCGUCAACAGACUAGACGAACGACUUGAAUGCCCAAUCUGCAAGAACGUUUCCAUUGAACCCUGGCAGACAUCGUGUGGGCAUCGAUUCUGUAAAAACUGUUUUGAAGGUCUCUUUAGGCUGGGGAAUUCCAAAUGUCCAAUCGAUGGAGAACCGAUUUCGCGAGAGGAAUCCUUCCGGGACAAAUGUUGUGAGAGAGAAGUACUUAAUCUUCAGUGUUUCUGUCGACAUAAGGAAAGAAGUUGUGAUUGGAAGGGAGAACUCAGACACUUAGAGGCACACGAGGAAAGCUGCCAGUAUGGUGACACACAGUGUGCAGCCUGUGGUGAAACCAUGGAAAGAAGACAUCUCAAACAGCACAGGGAAAAUGACUGUGUAAACAGGGCUGUUGCCUGCACAUACUGUGAUGGGGAGGUUCGUCAAAGCAACAUGAAGGAUCAUUUGGAGAUCUGUCUCAAGUUUCCCAUCAGCUGCAUUCUAAGCUGUGGCAAAGAAGAUAUACCGCGUGGCAUGAUGGAGGAGCACGUGACCACUCAUUGCCCAAAAGCAGAACAUUUGUGUCCUUUCAGUUGUUAUGGCUGUGAAUCUAAGGGAAAUGCAGAACACCUUGCUCAGCAUACCAAAUCCAGUAUUGAGUCCCAUCUGGAUAUGAUGAACUACUCGACUCACGAGCAAAACAAGAAGAACAAAGAGAUGGAAGAGAAAGUCUCUCGUCUUGAAAACGAAAAAAGGACUUUGGAGCAACAACUUCAAAAUCAAACCGAAGAACUGGCGGCUGCCAGACAGAACAUACAAACGCAGCACACAAAAAUACUUAUUGACCAAGACAGGAUCAGAGAUGCGUAUGAUGCAUUUCGCCCUGAACCUCAUAGCUCAAGUUUCAAGAGGCCUACAUCAGACAUGAACAUAGCAUCGGGCUGUCCGACGUUUAUUUCCCAGACUGAACUAAGACAAGGAGGAUUCAUUCGAAAUGAUACCAUGUUUGUCAAAAUUACAGUCGAUAUGACAGGUCUUCAAGGAGAGAUGUUUCGACUGUAG